GUGAGUCAGAACCGCAGCCGCCGACGCGGACCCUACCGAGCAUCCAGCCCAGGGCAUGUACCGAGACUUCGGGGAACCGGGACCGAGCUCCGGGGCCGGCAGCGCGUACGGUCGCCCCGCGCAGCCCCCGCAAGCGCAGGCACAGACCGCCCAGCAGCAGUUCCACCUUGUGCCAAGCAUCAAUGCUGUGAGUGGCAGCCAGGAAUUGCAGUGGAUGGUGCAGCCUCAUUUCCUGGGACCUGGUGGCUAUCCCCGACCUCUGGCCUAUCCCCAGUACAGUCCCCCUCAGCCCCGACCAGGAGUCAUACGAGCCCUAGGGCCACCUCCAGGGGUGCGUCGCCGGCCCUGUGAGCAGCCCAGAGGAGGAAGAGCGUCGCAGGGUGAGGCGCGAAAGAAACAAGUUAGCUGCGGCUAAGUGCAGAAACCGGAGAAAGGAACUGACAGACUUCCUGCAGGCGGUGAGCAUCGGCUGGCACUGAGGGUUCCCGGGCCCUGGGCCCACGGGGCCUAACAGGGGCCUUGGUUCCCGGGAGCACGAGAAACUCCUCCACACCCCACCCUCCUCCCUGUUCAAAGGGAAGUCCUGGGAAAAGGAUAAGGAAACGUGGAUUAAAAAUUAUUUGCCGCCGCCGGUAGAUGAUGGCGCAUGCUUUUAAUCCCAGCACUCAAGGGGCAGAGGCAGGCGAAUCUUUGUGAGUUCGAGGCCAGCCUGGUCUACACAGCGAGUUCCAGAACAGCCAGGGCUGUUACACAGAAAAACCCUGUCUCAAAAAAAAAAAAAAAGAAAGAAAGAAAAGAAAAAAAUUAUUUGCCGUGGGCCUCAAAGCAGAGAUGUUGGUAGGCAAUUCUCCUAUGAUGCCCUGGGCCUGAUGGAGUCAUGCCCAUUUUCUCCCAGGGUCUCAUGGGAGUUGCAGUCCAGACUUGGUGGGGACUCCAGGCACAACCCCCACACUCCAGCCUGAGGCUUGGAGAUCUUUAGCCCUCCUAAAUUUCUCCUAAUCCUCUAAAGGAGACCGACAAAUUGGAGGAUGAGAAAUCCGGCCUGCAGCGAGAGAUUGAAGAGCUGCAGAAGCAGAAGGAGCGCCUUGAGCUGGUGCUGGAAGCCC